AUGCUUUCGAAAUUAGCCCGUGCUUUAGAUAACCUUCCACGAGACCAACUCUUUCCCCUCGAUCGCGUCGAAAACCUUCCUCGCUCGGGAAAUGUUGCCGCACUUUGCGUACAUGUCGACGAGCGCGUUCGCCACGAACGCGUUUUUCGAGAAACCCGAUUUGAUGACGUGGCGGUGGAUUUCUUCGCCGACCCGAACCGAACCGAGCCCUCCGCAGGAUUUGAGAGCCCGGGGAAAAGUGUGCUGGUCGGGGCCCACUCCCUCCUCGGCCAUCUGGAAGUAGAGGGCCAGGGCGUCCUCGUACGAGCCGGUGUCCUUGUAUCCCGAGAUGAGGGAGUUCCAUAUGAAAGUGCUUCUGUGGGGCAUUUGGUCGAACAUCUCGUGUGCAUUCUCGAGUUCGCCCGUGCUGGCGUAGAGGCGGAGAAGCUUGGAGGCUACGCCCUCGUUCUUGCGGAGGAGAGUUUCGGGUAUGAGCUUGUGGAUCCUGAGGCCGCGGAAGCAGGUUUCGAGGAGGGAGGCGAAGGUUUGGGGGUCGUUGAGGACGAUACCGUUUUUGGCUGCGGCUUCGAGUUGGUUGACGACGGCAUCGAGUGCGUGGAUUCUGGAUUCGGGUUGGGUUUUCCGGGCGGGUAG